GGUCCGGGGGUCCAGGAGCACUGCUGGGACCUCCACCAAGUCCCCGGAAAAGGAGAAGGAGAAAACCCCGUCAGCCCAGGACGCGGGAGUGAUUCUUCCUGCUGCCGGAGCAGGCCAAAUGCCUCCACCACCUCAGCGAACUCCAACCGUCACCCAGGACGCAGGGACGGAGCUCGGGGCUCCGGUUGCGGUGGCCUCCGAUGUGCGCAUCCCAGUCAACCCUCAGAACCUGGAGAAGAUCCCCGAGGCCUUCCGGGGAACGGUGUACGAAUCGGCGAACUACGCCGUUGACCAUAUCUAUAAGUUCACCGAGAAGGAGCUCCGGGCUAUUGAGACAAUGAGCCCGGUUGACGUAAUGGAGUCUUCAAUGAGCAUGACUCUAACGGGUGUCGUCACUCUUCACCAGAGCAUCACCAGGGCCAAAACUCAGCUCGAGGAUAUGAGGACCGAGCACCAGGCCACCCUUCAGGAGGCCAAGGUGACUAAAGAUGCCUUGGCGACCUCGAAGGCCGAGUUGGAGAAGUCCCGCUUGAAGGUCCAAGAGCUCGAGACCUCCCUUGCCACCUCGCGGAAAGACCUCGAGGCUGCGAAGACUGAGAUCCAAGCCGGCCAGGUCGCCCUGGAGGCCGAACGAACCACAUCGGAGCAGUCCAUUCAGGAUCUGUUCUAUCACUGCUGGGCUUUCAACCCGGAGGCUGACUUCUCCUUCAUGUCACCGAGCCUUUGGGCGAACUUGCUGGUGAAGUUUCAAGCUCGCCUUGAGAAAGAGGCACCGCCUUCGGAAACUGGGGAAGCCUCUGGCGCGGCGGAGCAGGGUGAAACAACGACCUCCAAAGGGCCAACUGACGGAGCCUAGGGCGCUUUUUCUUUUUUGCCCUUGAAUA